AUGCCCGGCUCAAAUUACCACGUUAUUGAACCGCACCCCUCGGUGCCGCGCGCAGGCCGCCCAGCAGUCUACGCCGGCCGCGGUGGUGCCGGCAACAUCGUCAGCCUUAAGAACACCAAGACGACUCCCUCGCAUACCGCAAGUGGUCCAGCCUCGCUGACCCGUCUCGACUCCCGCACCCCAACUACCUUCAUGGCAGGCCGCGGAGGAGCCGGCAACGUCCACAGCAGCAGCGAGCGCGCCAUCUUCAGUUUCGACGAAGAGCUCGAACGCGACUUGCGCCGCGCCGCGCCCGUCUACCACGUCGGCCGUGGUGGCGCCGGUAAUACCAUGUUCAGCGACGACUGCAGCAGCGCUAGCCUGAGCCGCAAGUACUCUGCUGCCAGCACCGCUACGAACUCCAGCACUGGCUCAGUCGCUGACCGUGCUCGUGACAUGGCUCGUCGGGGUCUCGAGAAGGGCUGGGGCAAGCUCAAGGGCACUGCCUAG